UUGUUUUCUUUAAGAAGUGAUUAUUUUCUUUUUUCCUCUAUAAAAAGAGAGGGUUUUACCAAACAAAGCUCCUGAGAGUUUGUAGUUUGCUCGAAUUAACAAAAUUAGGUCAAAGAUGUGGAAUCAAAAGCCGAGUUUCAGGUUUGAGAUAGAUAACUUCUCGAAGAAGGAAGUGUCCACGGUAUCAAAGGUAUUCGUGAGUGGCGGAUACGAAUGGUAUAUCGACCUUUAUCCGAAGGGAAAUAGUCUUUGUCAUGAUCACUUGUCGUUGUACCUGUACGUUACAAAUUCUAAGUCAUUUAGAAGUGGAUGGAAACGAAUUGCUAAUUUUUACUUCGUUCUGUUGAAUCAAUCCGACAAAGUGCUCUACAGAUCACCAAGUAAUGAAGCUAUAUCCUUUCCAUGCACAAAUUCCAUGAGCUGGGGUUUUAGAAAGACCUUGCCUCGUAGCAAGUUUAAGAAAAAAAGGUUUUUGGAGAAUGACAGACUCAUCGUUGAAGUCUACAUUCAAAUUGUAGAAACUUUUGAUGGAGAAAGAGGAGAUGUAUUAGAGAAGAAGGAAACUGUGGACAUCAACGGUUUUCAAGUUCUUGCUUCUCAGAUUACUCCGGCAAGGAAGCUAUUCGCUGUGCACCCAGACCUCGCAGAUGAUUUCAAACCAAAGAACCAAGUAGUGAGGACGGAAUACAUGAAUGUCCUUCUCAACCUCAUUGAGACACUUAACAAGCCUUCACAGGAUCACUCAGAGACUGAGCUAAGCAAUGCUCACAGCAAGUUGAGUGAGCUGACGGAAGCAGGCUUCAAACUGGAAUGGUUGAAGUCAAAGCUUGAUGAGGUUUCCUUGAAGAGGAAGAAAGCAGAUGCUGAUGUCCAACAACUCGAUGAACGUCUUAAGAAUCUUGAGCAGAUGAAAUUGGACUUCAAGCUAGACUGUUUGAAGUCAAAGCUUGAGGAGGUUUCCUUGGAGAGGAAGAAAUCAGAUGAUGUUGAUGGUUCUCGAGUCAGAGAAAUGGAAGGACGCAUCAAGAAUCUUGAGAUGAUGGUGUCAGAUCUCAAAGUUAAAAUGGACAAGGAGGAGGCCAAAUCUUUUGCUGAUGGUUUUUUGUUGAUCGACGAGGUUGAUUGACGUAGAGAGAUCAAGUUAGAUUUAGUCGAUAGAGAAAUUCUCUAGUAGACAUUAAUACCUUCAGUCUUCUUUGUUUUUGUUUUUAUGUUACUUUAUGAUUCCUAAUAUCUCUACAUUCUUUUUUUUUUUUUUUUUAAUCUGCGCCAUUUAUGUUGGGUUAAUAUAUGCGUUCUGAAUCAACUCCCAAAUUAAGCAGCAAGUAACUUCUCAAAGAAAGAAGAAGAGAUAUAUACAUUUUUAAAACUCAUCCAUCUAGAUUCAACGCUCAGAUUAUACAACUAACACCAAUAACUUUGAGACUUCCUCCUCUAUUUUUGGCCACUUGUUAAACGAUGUUUCUGAUUUGAUUUAUCUAUCUCAGUUGGAGAAUCUCUUUUGAAACUAAGUUCCUUCUCUGUAACUCUUUUCUUUGGUAGUUUAACUAUAUAUCUAUAAGGUUUGGGAAGAGAGUAAUCAACGUUUUCACGCUCAAACUACAAACACUGAAAAUCCGAAUAGUAUAAAGACUUCAGGAACAUGCAGUAGUUUCAGCGGACAAACUAUCGAUAAGUUAAAAUGUAAAAAUAUAUUAUAUAAAUUUAUGACAUUCGUAGCUAUACAUUAUAAAAA